CCUUUUGAAAGCUUCUGCGAUCAGACGACGUCGUCACGGGAAUGCAGACAUUGCUACGCAUGCACCGCGAACCACUUCUAGCGGGCCGGUAUCUGCGCUACAGCCUAUGCUGAGAAGCUGUUCAGCAGCAUAAUAUCCGCCACAUACAGAGGACGAUUCUCAGGUUACGGCAGUAUAUAAGGCCGCAGUCGUGGAGCCCAUGCAAGGUUGCGCCCAAUUUUUGAGCCUAAAGCGAUGAUGAUGUUCCUCGCAGGCACUGUCGCAAGCAUUCUCGCAGGCGUCACCGUUGUCCAUGCGUUGAAUAAUGGCGUGGCUCGCCUGCCUGCGCUGGGUUAUAACACCUGGAAUGCAUAUGCCUGCAACAUCGAUGAAAAUAUUAUCCUUGAGACAGCGAGUUUGAUGAAGUCGCUCGGUCUCCAAGAUGUUGGUUAUAACCACGUCAAUCUGGAUGACUGCUGGGCCGAGAAGAAUCGCAGCGCAGAAGGGCUGCUUGUUCCCAAUACCGAGAGGUUUCCAAGUGGCUUCAACAAUUUGACAGCACAACUGCAUGAUAUGGGAUUUCAGGCUGGCAUCUAUGGUGAUUCCGGCUGGUUCACCUGCGCUGGAUAUGCGGGAUCGUUCGAUCAUGAAUCCAUCGAUGCCCAGACGUUCCAGGACUGGGGAUUCGAUUACCUCAAAUACGACAACUGCUACAUCCCGUUUGAUGACAUCAUACGCGAGGGAACGUAUGGAAAAUACCAACGCAUGGCCGAUGCAAUCGCCAACCUAUCGGUGACUACAGGGAAGGAGCCGCUGAUCUACUCCCUGUGCGAGUGGGGAUGGAGUCAAGUUUGGAUAUGGGGAUCUUCCGUGGGCAACAGCUGGCGGAUCGAUGGUGACAUUGCGGCAAACUGGGACUCGAUCGCAAGCAUAAUCAACUUUGAUUCCUUCAUCACCCAGAGCAGCAACUUCUAUGGUCACAACGAUAUGGAUAUCCUCGAAGUUGGAAAUGGAGAUCUGACCUAUGAGGAAAACAAGUCCCAUUUCACUGCAUGGGCUCUGAUGAAGUCGCCGUUGUUGAUUGGCACGAAUCUUUCCGCUGCGUCUCCAGAGAUCAUCGAAAUCCUGUCCAACAGGGAGAUAUUAGCGAUCAGCCAAGACAACGUCGUCGGCACGAGCAUCUCCCCCUUCAGAUGGGGCAUCAAUGCUGAUUGGACGAGCAACUCCUCCUAUCCUGCUCAAUACUGGAGUGGACCUAGCGAGAACGGCACUGUGUUCAUGCUGCUUAACACUCUCAACGAGUCCGCAAACUUGUUCUUCAAUCUGACAGAAUCGCCUUGGAUCAGAGCUGGCAGGCAGUAUUCCGUCCGCGACCUCUGGACGCACACGGACAACGGUACCGCGGUGCGCAACUUCACUGCCACAGACGUCCUUGCGCACGGCGUGGUCGCUUUGUUACUACGAGACGCGGGCGAUGAGCCAGCGGAAAUCUAUCCACCGUGUUCGGUAUGGUAUGAUUGCGCAGCGGAGAACGGCACUGAUCCGGAUACUUGAUGCUUGAGGGAUCAGUCGCGAUAAAUAGGAAUGGCUGCCAGCUUGUAGUAUUGAGGAGGCAUGGCGAUGACAACUUCUCUAUCUGUCCCUAAUCUGAUGUAUUUUUCUGCAUCGUUGUGAAAAAUACGAACUCUGUC